AUGGCGGAUGAACUAGCAGCGGCAGCUGGGGGAAAAAUUGCAGCGAAGAAGAAAAAAAUGGGACAUAAAUGUUGUGCAGCUGCCAAUUGUAAUUUUCGAAGUGACAAUCGUCCUGAUUUGUCUUUUUAUGAGUUUCCAAAGGAUGAUUACUUAAAAAAGAAGUGGGAAGUCAAAAUGCGAAGAGGAGACGCUACUUUCAAAAACAUUGCGAAUAAGUUUUGUUGUUCUGCGCAUUUUUUGCCAUCGGAUUUCAAACAGAGUUUAACGGGGCAUAGGCGAGUAAAGAGAGGAGCAAUCCCUUCAGUGUUUAAAUGGGCACCAGUAACUAGUGACCCCAGAGGAGAACGUUUAAAAUUGCGAAACGAAAUGAUUGCCAAAUCUAAAUCUGAACAACAAACCGAGCAUGGACCUGACGAGCAGCAACUUGCAGGUUCAUCAAUAUCAUCUUAUUCAUCUGGCAGAAAUAUGGUUGUUUUUGGCCCUCGAACACUCGAAGAAUUUAUCAAUGAAAAGAAAGAAGAAGCAGAGCAGCUGAAAGCAGAACUUACUAGAGCCAAGGAGAAAGAAUAUAUUUUUACGUUUGGUCUGGAAAGAUUCUCAGGUAGUAAUGAGGACAUAAACUUUUACACAGGAUUUCCUGACUAUCAAACGCUGAUAGAAUUCUGGAAAUACAUAGAACCUAAUAGUUCUAGAUUAACAUACUACAGUUAUCUUAAGAAUUCCACUGAUGUUAAUUUUAACAAUGCAUUUCCAUACCUUAAUUUAACUAAAAAAAAGUUUCCUGGUAGUAGUGUAGGUGCUCAACGCAGUCUUCAGCCUAUAGAUGAGUUUUGGCUUUUCCUAACUCGACUCAGAGUGGGUCUGUUAGAGCGUGACUUGGCUUUCAGGUUUAAUAUCUCUGUGCCAACAGUAUCAGACAUAAUUAUAUAA